CCGGGUUGUGAGACUUGUGCUGUCAGAGGUAGCAGUUGCUAUGCCCCGGGGAAGUCAGACCCCAGGGAGGGUUGUCAUAUCCAAUGUUGCCAAAGACAGAAUUAUUACCAGAUUUCAGAAGCCAUGUUGUCCUGUGGGUCCUUAUAGCAGUAAAUUAGAUUUUCACCCCAAGGUGAAGUCUGCUUGCACUGAAAACAGGGUCAGCAAAGUUGGACUGAAAAUAUCCAAAGCAGUGAUAGUUGGUGAUGUCGCUGUUGGGAAAACAUGCCUAGUUAAUAGAUUUUGCCAUGACACAUUUGACAGAGAUUACAAAGCCACUAUUGGUGUUGAUUUUGAAGUUGAAAAAUUUAGCAUACUGUCUGUUCCAUUUAGUUUACAAAUCUGGGAUACUGCUGGUCAGGAAAGAUUCAAAUGUAUUGCUGCAUCAUACUACAGAGGAGCAAAUGUUGUGAUUGUGGUAUUUGACCUGGGUGAUAUUCAGUCUCUAGAGAAUACAAGGAAAUGGUAUGAUGAAGCCAAUAAAAGUGCAGAUGACCCUUUGGUUUUCUUGGUUGGAACCAAGAAGGACCUUGUGUCAGAAGCAACUUACAAAGAUGUUGAAGACAAAGCACUAGAUAUGGCAGACCAGUUGAAAGCAGAAUUUUGGGGGGUGUCAUCCAAGACAGGUGAAAAUGUCCAAGAGUUUUUCUUUCGCCUGUCAUCACUCAUGUUUGACAAAGCAGUUCUAGAUGAAGUGGAAACAACAACUGCUGGAAAGCAAAUAGGACAUUUGGGAACUGGAAGCAUAAAAGUUGACAAGAAUAAUGAAAAUAUGUAUGACAAAAGCAAGAAAAGCAAGUGCUGUCAGUGAGGAAGUGUCACGUCAGAUAUCUUUCUGGUGCUGCAAAGUCAAGUUUUUCAAGCACGGAAUAAAGAUAAUUCUUUGUCUGUGCCCAAGAAGCUAAAAAAACUGGAGAGGGGCUGUGUGUGUGUGAUUUUUGUUGUCUUAUAUCUUUCCGUUUUCUUUGUAGAUAGACUAUAUUUAUAUCUCAAAGAAAUGAUAUACAUACUUUUUAAAAAAGGAAAUUAAUACCAAUCAUUAUACAUUGCAUUUCAAUCCAAAGUAAAAAUACAAUAUUUCCAUGCAAUUGUUCACAUUACUUAUACCAAGUGAACACCUAUAAGUGGAAAGUGGUCAAAAUAGGUGCUUUUACUUUUGAGUUGAUAACUGGAUAGAGAUAUUAAAUUCAAAAACUGGAAGUUGGACAAACUCAAUCAAAUGUCAUAAUAAUUUCAAGUCACAGUUCUACAAACAGUCCCACUUAUUGCUAUCAAGAGCUUGGAACAUAAGAGGUCACAAAGGAACCGAUACAAUUGUUUUCAGUAAUAUUUUUCUCUGUAGACCAGAGAAUUUUGAUUAUGUUGUUUCAAACUAUUUUUUUUUUUGUACACACAGGAAUGUGGUCACAUGUCUAUGCACUUUUCAUGAUUAUAUACUUACAUUCCCCUAUAUUAUAUUUGUAAUAGCAUUAGAGCUUAUUUUUCUGUAGUUUUUGUAUAUUGUGUCAACUCCGUCCAUGGUCUUUUACCUAUCAAGUUAUCGACAUAAAACUUAACGUUUUUUCUCCCAAUUUUGAAUAUAACGCUUUUAGAAUAUACACAUAUCAUCAUUAAUAUUUUUCAUUAUUUUUAUUUAUUUAUUUAUUCUUUGUAAUUCUCGAAUAUGAUGGACGAAAGUGAAGCUUGCUAGGUGUAUCAAGCACCUCUAAACUCGUGACCUAUGGGGUUAUGUAGUUCAAUGUAGGCACUUUGUCAUUCAAACUAGUAUUUUCUGUAUUGACAUAUCCCAGAGUUUCAGUAAAAAGUGCACAAUUGUAUCCAACUUUAAUGUUGGUUUUUCAUGUAUGAAUAUAUUGACCAAAUGCACAUUUAAUAUUCUAUGCUGCCAACAAUUAAAUGUCAUUACAAGGGUGUAGUUUGGGUUUGUAUUAAAAAUUUUGAAGUGGGAAAGCUCAUCUAGUUUCUAUUUUAUUUGUUUUAAUUUAAAGUGACUUUAAUUGCAUUGAAAAAGAAUGGAGACAAACACUGUAAAAAUGUAUGCUGGUAAAAAUUAGGUUUACCUUUAUAUUGUAAGGUUCUUGUUGCCAGUGUUAUGUUGUCUCUUUACUCUGUAUUAGGGUUUUCUUUCAAAACCUCAUCAGGGUUUUCUUUAAGUAGAUGGCUGCCACCAGACUCUGCUCUGUGAAAAACUGCACAACACUUCAAUUUGGUUUUCUUCUUUUAUUUUCUAAGAACACUAACAAGUCACAUGUAUAUGUAUCUGUAUUGGGAACAAGAUACUUUUCUCCAGGGCCUCCCUCGCUUCCUCCAGAUUUAUGGGUGUUUUCUUGCCCACUGCCACGGCGGCUUGGUGGUCUGGCAAACCUUUUAUGAAGUGGUGCAAUGCAAUUGUCUCACGGGCGGUACAGUUAGCCAUGGGGUUGCCCUUUAAUACUAGCUUUCUAAUAUCGGAGAUGUAUUUUGGGAGUUUUUCUUUUGGACUGAGCUUUCUGUUCUCUAGCUCUGAUAAAUAGGAGCUUGUAGUGUGCUUCUCUUGAAACCAGUUUUGCAACGCCUUCUGUAGCAGAGGGUAGGAAUUCACUACCUCUGCUAGAAACUGAACAAAGGCGAAAUCAGCAGCCUCACCGCGCAGACUGUUACAUAAUCUAAACAGUUUUUCUGACUCACUCCCUUCACAAGUCUGGCUUCGAGCUUUGAAUGGCUCAAUAAAACCCUCCCAUGAUUCUUUUCCACUAAAUAGUGUCUGUCUGGGCAAGGAAUUUCACAGUUAUUCUGUGUACUUGUACGGCUAGGACUGUUAAUUCUGUAAAAUAGGGGUGUUAUUUCAUUUGGUGCUGGGUGAUUUAGUGUAGGGGUGAUUGUUUCUGUUAUGACUGCAUUCUGGGCUUUGUGUUCUGUUGGCAUAGCUAUCUCUUUCUGUCGUUCUAGGGCUCUGACUGCUCUGCAGCCUCAGCAUGUGCUUCUAAGAUAUCAGCAUUUU